UAUUAAUAUUUCGAUAUCUCCUCCGAAAGAAUAUAUAUAUAACUUCUGCAAAAUAAAAAUAUUAAUAUAAAUGAAAUAUUUUUUCAAGUUAAAUAGAAUAAUUGUGAAUAAUUAAUUUUGCAAAAUCUAAUAAACUCUCCGAACAAUGUGGCGGGUGCUGUGUCAGAGAUCCAAGCAACUAAAAGUGCAAUUUUCAAGUCGCCGGUUACAGCAGGCUGUAGUGGAGACUCCGCAUGUUAAACAUAUUCCAUCGCGACCACCUGCCUUAAAUACCAGCAAUCCGAAGACGGAUCGUACAGUUGGAAAAUGGUUUUUAGGAUGCGGCGGCAUGGUAUUCGUAGCUGUAGGACUUGGUGGUGUAACAAGAUUAACAGAGUCGGGACUGUCGAUGGUCACAUGGAAGCUAAUGGGUGAACACAAGCCGCGUAAUCAAGAAGAAUGGAUAAAAGAGUUUGAGAAGUAUCAGCAAUAUCCCGAAUUCAAAAUGAAAAACGCACACAUCACCUUGGAAGAAUUUAAAUUCAUAUAUAUGAUGGAAUAUAUUCAUAGAAUGUGGGGUCGUGCCAUUGGAGCUUUCUUCUUAGUACCUGCAGCAUAUUUUUGGAAAAAGGGAUAUUUUUGUGCUAAAACCAAAAAAAUGGUUCUUGUCCUGGGCACAUUAAUUGGUUUGCAAGGACUAAUGGGUUGGUACAUGGUAAAAUCAGGCCUAGAAAACCGAUUUGAUAAUCCAAACGAUGUGCCGCGCGUUUCACAAUAUCGGCUAGCUUCGCAUUUGGCUGCAGCAUUCGUACUAUACAGUUUAUUCUUAUCGAAUGCGCUGACUAAGCUAAUUCCCGGAGAUAAAGUUGUGGCCAUAGGAAAGCGGGCUCUUAAUAUUAAAAGCUUGUCACAUUUAACCAAGGGAAUGGUCUUUUUGACUGCCAUAUCUGGGGCAUUUGUCGCCGGUUUAGAUGCUGGAUUGGUUUAUAAUUCGUUUCCAAAAAUGGGCGACAAUUGGAUACCUGAUGAUAUAUUGCAAUUUAAGCCAUUGCACAAAAAUAUAACAGAGAACCCAACAACUGUUCAGUUUAAUCAUCGGAUACUGGGUAUUUCAACAGUUUCCUUAAUAUCUGCCUUAUGGAUACUGACGAGACGUCAGCAGUUGCCAAAAAGAGCCCGUUGGGCAAUAAAUGCUGCAAUGGUUAUGGCCUGGACACAAGCCACAUUAGGUGUAACCACUUUACUCAAUUAUGUACCUGUGCCUUUAGCUACAGCCCAUCAAUCUGGAUCUUUGCUGCUCCUGAGCUUUGCUGUGUGGGUCUCACAUGAACUGCGUUUCUUGAAAUACCUACCAAAAUAAUAGGAUAUAUAUUAAUAUAUAAAGUAUAUAUAUUAUUGUUGGAAAAUAAACGAAAUAUCAGCUAUUAAACGACAAA